CUCGACACCUGUUGCCAUUUCCUUCAAAUACGUCUCAUUCCGAAACGGGACAACAUACACUUACCGUGUGGAUUAAGUAUUUGACAUGUACACAGGAAAAUAUAUGUACUUGCAAUUAUAUCACACUUAAAUCACGUUGCAUUGGAGUCUAAAGGUGACGUGGUAUGCUGAUGGUACAGUUAUGCUCCUCGGUUAACGUGGGUGGGAACCAAAGGUUUUAUCUUGGGUGGGAGCAACUAACAUUGAAGUUGUCCGGUGGAACGUAGCGUGCUAGCUAGCUACCCAGUCAGCGAAGCAAACCCGGCCGCGACGCUGUGUCUGUGCACAUAAACCAGGGAAGUGGUACACGACAGCAGGCGGAGGAUUGGGUUAGGGCUCUUUUCAGAGUGUAAAUAUGGGGCUUUUCUCCCUAUCAGCAAAAACUGGAAGAGCAUAUUUCGAAACCAGGGGUCUUUAAUUACGCCAUGGGCUCUGUGAUUAUUCCCCCUAAAGCUGAAAAUGCAAGUUAAACGAAGUUAAAAAUGUGUUGGGUUUGGGAUUUGUCGACGCCGAUGUCUCCGCUGUUGUCCAGGAGGACAAGAUGGCAGCAAGGCAAGCGUUCUGAGCAUGGUGUGGGCAAAAAUUAACUCCAGAACAUGUUCAGAGAAGACUGGAGUUCAGACCAUCGCAACGGCCUGUAAAGGUAUGGCCUCACAGGUUUUGGUGUACCCACCACAUGUUUAUCAAACCCAGACAAGUGCCUUUUGCAAUGUGAAGAAACCCAGAGUUGUGCUCAGCCACUGUGCAUACCAUGAAAGGGUCCCUCAAGCUUAUGUGAUUGGUGUUAAUAUAAACGUUGCAGCCCCAACUAAUAUUGUCUCUCCUUCAGAGACUGAAGAGUCAACAACUUGCAAACCCCCAGCGGGGGAGGACUCAUUGCAGGCUGUGCCCCAGCAAACAGUGCCGACUGGGCACCUGUCAGCAGCCCCUGACCCCCUUGAAGGAGUCAUCCGCUCGCAGGAGGUGGCCUCAGCACAGCAGGGCGGGCCGGAGUGCAGCCGUGGCGUGACGGCGACAGCAGCAGCAGCAGCCGGAUCGGACGGAGGAGACAGUGGCCGCAGCAGCUGCAGCAGUUCUGGAGGGGGUGGGCCGGGGCAAGGUGGUGAGGAGGAAGAAGACCUCAGUGAAGACUUGGACUUGGCUGACAGGCCCGUGAGAUGUGGGCUUAAACGUAAAAGUGGGGCUUUUGAGAACAGUACAAACACCAUGCAGAUAGUAGAGGACUGUUCCACUCUGCCUGCCAUGUUGCAAACUAAUGUAGGGAGUGCAGCAGCAGCAGCAGCAGCAGUAGUAGUACCCCCCAAAGAGGCUGGGACUGGGGCAGUGACUGGGACAGCAGAAGGGGACUAUCAGCUGGUUCAGCAUGAGGUGAUCUGCUCCGUGAAGAACACUUACGAGGUGCUGGAGUUCCUGGGCCGUGGGACGUUCGGCCAGGUAGUCAAAUGCUGGAAACGUGGGACCAGUGAGAUCGUGGCCAUCAAGAUCCUCAAGAACCACCCGUCGUAUGCGCGGCAAGGUCAGAUCGAGGUGAGCAUCCUGGCCCGUCUGAGCAGGGAGAAUGCGGAGGAGCACAACCUGGUGCAGGCCUUUGAGUGCUUCCAGCACCGCAGCCACACCUGCCUGGUGUUUGAGAUGCUGGAGCAGAACCUGUACGACUUCUUGAAGCAGAACAAGUUCAGUCCACUGCCGCUUAAAGUGAUUCGGCCUGUGCUGCAGCAGGUGGCCACAGCACUGAAGAAGCUCAAGAGCUUGGGCUUGAUCCACGCUGACCUAAAGCCUGAGAACAUCAUGUUGGUGGACCCAGUGCGUCAGCCAUACAGGGUCAAAGUCAUCGACUUUGGCUCAGCCAGCCAUGUAUCUAAGGCCGUCUGCUCUACUUACCUGCAGUCCCGAUAUUACAGGGCUCCAGAGAUCAUCCUCGGACGUCCUUUCUGCGAGGCCAUAGACAUGUGGUCUCUGGGCUGCGUCAUGGCGGAGCUGUUCCUGGGCUGGCCGCUCUAUCCCGGAGCGCUGGAGUAUGACCAGAUUCGCUACAUUUCCCAAACACAAGGGCUGCCAGGGGAGCACCUACUGAGUUCAGGGACCAAAACCCCUCGCUUCUUCUGUCGAGAGUCUGACUCGCCCUACGCUGCCUGGAGGCUGAAGACGACAGAGGAACACGAGGCAGAGACGGGCUUGAAAUCUAAGGAGGCCAGGAAGUACAUCUUCAGCUCUCUGGAUGAUAUCGGACACGUAAACCAGGUUCUGAGAAUGGAGGGGGCCGACCUGCUGGCUGAGAAGGCAGACCGCGGCGAGUUUGUGGAUCUCCUGAAGACCAUGCUGCUGCUCGACGCUGACCAGAGGCUGACCCCUGGAGACGCUCUUGCCCACCCCUUCCUCACUAUGCAGCACCUCUUUGACUUCCCCCACAGUAACCAUGUACAAUCAUGUCUACACAUCAUGGACAUGUGCCAAUCGAAGUCCAACUCGUACGAUUUGCUUAGUCGCAACAAAGCGCUCUCAAUGAGACCGGUCACAUUGCCCAGUACCACCAACAUGAGCGUGGCUUUCAACAAGAUUGCCUGCAUCCACUCCCAGUCUUUAGCUCCAUCUGCUCCAUCUGUGCUUCAUCCUGGGAUCCCCAUCCAGGCAGGAAAUGCUCAGUUUGGAUGCAAUGACUCCUUCCAGCAAGCCCUCAUCCUCUGCCCUCCAACUCUUCAAGGAAUCCCCUCGAACCCAAACCAGCCGGCAGCCUACCCCGUUAGGAUGGAGAGCACCAUUCCCCUGGUCACACAAGCCCCUGCCAUCCAGCCCAUCACCAUGCGGCCAGGAGUCAUCGCCCAGCAGCCGUGGUCAAACAGGACUCCUCAGAUCCUGGUGCCAGCCUGGCAGCAGGUGCCCCCUCCUGCCACCACUCUGGCAUCUGACAGCAUGGCACGCCCCCAGAGGCUUGGAGAGUGGGGGAAAGUGCAGCAGCACAGCGGCCAUUACGGCUCCGUGAUGCAGCAACCUCUCUUAACAAACCAAAUGGCAGUCUCUGCUCACCAGUCACUAAACAUCGGCAUUGCACAUGUGGUAUGGCCCCAGCCCGCCUCCAACAUGAGGGGUUAUCCCAACCAGAACAGGAGUAUCAACAUGUCCCAUAGUGCAGACCCACUGGCCUCCUCCAGAUACCGCCACUCUCCAAAGAUGAUGGAGAGGCCCCGGAGCGCAGGAGGGGCGGAGGACGUCCUGCAGCCGCCGCCGGCCGGCGCGUCAGCCCAGAGGGUGGGCUCAGAGGCGGCGGGGCCGGAACGGGGGAACAACAGGUCGGAGCUCAGCUGCUGUCGGGGGGAACAGGACUCUGACGAUGGACGGCGCCGGCAGCAGCAGCAGCGGCGGUGGCAGAGGAGGAGGAGGAGAGAGCGUCGGCCACAGCAGCAGCCUCAGGGGCAGCAGCCAAUCGUCAUCGGCGACUCGCCCAGCCCCACGGGCAGCGUGAUCAGCAUCAGCAGCGAGGGCGAGGGCGAGGGCGAGGACAGCCCGCAAAGGUGUAGGGGCAGUGCGGAGUGUGAGGCGUGCGAGGGCACUCUGAACAUGCAGCGCGUGUGCUCGCUCAGCAGCCCCGACAGCAGCCUCAGCACCAGCUCCUCUGCCUCGGCCCGGUCCAGCCCCGAGCCCUGCAAGAGGGCCAACAGCAUGUCCGAGGACGACGGUAACGAGAGCGGCCGCGAGACGGUGGACGGCUCGCCAGGCUCGGACUCCUCGCCGGGCGCCAGCACCAGCACCAGUCCCUACUCUGAGACCCCCUACCUGGCCAGCCAGAGCAGUGAGAGCCGGCCCGCCCCGCUGGCCCCUGCCUUGGAGCGCGGUGGCAACAACAAGCCCCCGGUCAGAACCGUAGUGGUGCCGCCCAUGCGGGUGCAGAACAACAACAACUCCAUUCUCGACGAGCGCUUGGCCAGCACAGUCUUCGAGUCCUUAUGCCAGUCCAGAGGGCACUGCGUCCCCGCACUGCUGAGCCACUUCUCCACCCACAUUCUGCCCCGCCAGCAGAAGAUGACUUCUGGAUUCCAGCAGCAACCGCUGGGCUUCGGCCAGGUCCAGCACUACGGCUCCUGCCACAAGGAGUGGAAUGGCAACUACAUGUCCCACCGGCCGCAGGCCUUCAUCCCGCCCACCGUACACGCUCACGCCUUUCCCCUGGCAGCCCACGGCAGCCCCACCCACAGCGCGGCUCCGCCCCAGCCGCCGCCCCCCUCGGUUUCAGGUCAAGCCCCUCCUCCUCCGCCGCCGGUGCAGGCUCCUACGCUGCUCUCCUACCCUCCUCCCCCACCGCCCACCUCCGCACCCGUGGCCCACCUGCUGGCCUCACCCUGCCCGUCGCGGCCCGCCGUCCUGCAGCCCGCCUACGGACUUCUGCCGCACCCAUCGCUCACAGUGGGACUCAGCCCCCACCACCACCACCACCACCACCACCACCUCCAGCAGCACCACCACCAGGGCCAGUUCAAGGCGCUCUUCCCCCCGCACUCCUUCAUGGCCUCACCCGUCUACGCCGGCUUCCCCCUCAGCCCCGCCAAACUCAGCCAGUAUCCCUACAUCUGAGUCUGAGCGCCAGGCCUCGGCUAGCCCACUCCACCACCGCCAUCACCCCCACCAACACGGUCACCCCCAACGCAGCCACCGCUACUAGUGCGGCUAGUCCUGUGCUCAGCUUUCGAUUCUGAAGGGGCCCCCGACUGACCACGGAGGGGGACCACUCCUACUACUAUUACUACUACAUACCCAAAAGAACCUUUUCGUAUUUUUUUAAAACCAUGUAGUUUGAGGAUGAUUACGAUGAUGCAAAUUAAAUAGAGCUUUACAGUUAAUCAAAGCAGCGAGUGAAAUGAAUGAAUGAAUGAAUGAAUGAAUGAGUGAAAUUAAACAUACAAAUGAGGUAAAGGGGGUGAGUGUGUGAGUGAGAGUGUGUGUGUGUGGUCGAAUGAAUUAGAUAACUCGCUUACGGUGUGUUUCUUUUUGCACAUUUGAUAACAACCCAGUCUUCAGAUCUCCUUUUUUACAGGGAUGAGAGGAAUGAAGAAGAAAAAAAAAAAAUCCUCCUACUCCCCUCCCUCCUCCCCUUUAUUCUGACUAUUUUUCUAUGUUGCCUUGGAAACUUGUGUGCUAGACACGUCUUUUCUUGUGAAGCCAUCCCAGUCUCCUGUGCUUGGGUCACAUAUAUGCGCGUAUCAGCCUCAUAGUGUAUCGGUGGGAACUGUCUUAGUCUUUGUUGCAUCCUGCUGUGGUUUCAGUGUUUAGUGACCCGACAGAAGGCGCUCUCUCCCACUAAAAGCCUGCAUGUUCUGUGCAUGGGCAAAAGAAAGUGGCUAGAGUUUAGUUUGUUUGUUUGUUUUUUUUCUUUCUUUCUGAAGAAAAACAAACAGUGGGACAGUUGCCUGAAUGUCACACUCCCUCACUCUCCUGUGUCUGAUGAGACUCACUGCAUUGUAACCCGCAGAAAAAGUGCCUUACCUGCUUUUGGUCAGACGUGGCGAGACAUUGUGACCCUGGUGUUUCUAUAGAAAAUGCCCCAGACUGCAGCACUUGCAGAUCAAAUGAAGUGGUUAUUCGUUAGACGUGGUUGAUGCUAUUUUUUUCCAUCUGUUUUAAUCAGUGGAACAUCAGAAGAAGCCUGAAAUAUCCGGUAUUUCAUGGCGUUACAUCGUUAGGGAAGGAGAGGUGUCUUUACACCUUCACCCCCAAAUGACAAAAACAAGAUUCUGCAAGCGCGCGUCAACGGAAACCAAGUCUUGCACAUCUUUGCACGUCUUGCACAUGGUCACUCUUGAAGUCCCACACAAUAACUCGCAACCAUUUUGAUAAUGUGGCUCUCAAUAGUAUAGCAACCUGGGACCAAACAAACCAGUCUUCAAGCCCCAUCUUCAUCAUUUUGUUCCCAUCUGUGAUCGUGUCUAGGAUUGCUUCACUGUCACGUUUUAAGCUUGUUUUUAUCGAGGGGGAUUGAGAAAAUCAAAUGCUUCCAGUGUAGAUUGCCUUUAUACAGUUAAGCUCGUUAUGUUGACUGCUAGUUAAUGGAACUUCUGAGACCCCAAGCCUUUGUCCCUUUUCACUGAUAUACUGUAUUGCUUGUAAUUGAGUUGAUUAUGCUUAGAUUAUAUAUACCCGAGCAAAAUGAUGCUUUUUUGAAAAGUAGGCUGUGGUAUGUGUGUGAUGGCAUAUGUUUGUGUGAUCUCCAGCUUAGGACAGUGGUGGUGUUGACUUGGGUUAGGGUUAGAGUAAAGAACAUUCAGGUGAUCCACAUCCACCCGUGUGCUUUGACUGUUUCACAUAGUUAUAGCGAAGAGUAUCGACACCGUUUUAACACACCUGUAGCACAAUCUGUACUCUUGUGUUCUUUUAGUGAGCAAGAUGGGUGUUUUUUGAGUUUUUUUUUUUUUUUUUUCUCCUUGGUUGUAAGAGUUAGCUAUAGCUUUGACACGCAAUUAACUUUAACCUUCGAUUUCAUUUGGUUUUCCAUAUAAGCUUGUGAAGACUUUUCAGUAUUUAAUCUCCAUCUAUCAAUCAUUGCUGGAGUGUGUGUGUGUAUGUGUGUGUUUUUAUAUAUAUAUAUAUAUAUAUAUAUAUAUAUAUAUAUAUAUAUAUAUAUAUAUAGUGCUUUACAAAGAUGUGAGGUUGUGUGCAAUUUAUUCCUCAUUUUGAGCAUGGUAAAAAUUGUGCUUUUAAUCGUCCUGUUCGAUUACAGAUUUCUUUUUGUAAUACAUUCCGUCAGGGAGUUGUCGUCUCUUGCAUUUAGCGUUUCUUGUAGUUUGACCGUAGAUGCAUUGUCUUUGCUAUCAAAUGCUUUGCAAGACCAAAGACCAUAACUUGUUUUGAACGCAAAGUAGCUACUGUUCCUUCAUAUACCACAAGUAUACCAUAGAGACGGAACUUGGUUUUUUGGCAAAGCAACUCUGUGUGUGGAAUGGAAAAGGGGUGAGGUUGACAUUUUAGCUUUUUUGGGCAAGUAGUAUCAUUUAUCUUGAAUGUAUCAUAGAUAAGCUGCUAUAUACUGGUUGCCACUUCCUAAUAGCUGUGAAAGUAGGUGAUUUUUAACGUAGAUCCUACUUAGCAUUCCGAUUUUGUGUAAGUCUAAUUACAAUAGCCGUGUGGUUUUGAUAUGACCUAAUGAUAGAAGUGUGUGUGUGUUCUUAUGUUAUGACGAUUAGGACAGGCACCGAAAAAACCUUUUGUAAUGCCUCUGUAUAUUUUGGCUUUUCUGUUUGCCGUGUUGUUGUGACUACUGUAUAGCAAGGUGCUUUUCUGGGCGUGAUCUGGGUUUGUUUUGAGUGGUUCUUCCUUUUUUGUUAUCGGUUUGUUUCUUGUCCAUGUUUGAAGUGUAGUUAUCGUUGGGCUCAUUGGCGAGUACACAUCGUUGUCUUGAUGUACAAUAAUUUAACUAUAUUUUAACGUCCGCCUUCUGUUAACAUUUGCCCUACCCUGUAGAUUUCACUCAAUGGCUCCACUGUUAUGUAUUACUGACACGUAGAUAUGGUAUACUUUUAGUGCCGUUCUUCUUGUCUAUGCUGUGGGAUUCGGAGUAACCUAGAUAUCUGAUGUUCCUUUAACAUGCUAUUAAGCACUUGUUAGCAUGUCAAUAAGCUAACCUGGUGUGGGUUUAUUCAUUCAUGCUUUAGUGUUUUCCGUUUCUGAAGUUGCAGUGUUCAAAAGAAACUAUAAGCCUCCUUCUCUCAUGAAUCCAUGGGGAAUGAAAAUGUUGUGCAGAUCCUUGUGUUGUAACCAAGCCUAUGUGGUGUAGUUACUGAGCACCUGUUGAUGUUGAGUGACACUGCAGUGUCACCUGUCAGUGUGUACGUGGUUUAGGAUCUCUUGUGUUCUUUGUGAAACCCCUUGACCUUCUGUCCUGGAGGUCGGCAGCACAGAGUCUGUGCCUUUUCUAAAGCACCGGGGGUGGGGCAGCAGGCCUGGGGAACAGAUUGGCACCCAGUACCUGAUCUCCGCCCAAUCCCAUCUCUUCAUCACUUAAAGGGGGAGGGCACAAUGUGCUGCCCAGGUGGAUUGUUAGGACCCACUUGUUUCCUACCCCCUAGUCACAUCAGCACAUUCAAACCUCAGUCAAUGUGAGAAGAGUUUUUCCUUUGAAACACGGCAUAGGGUUUCCCAGCAAGUGAAAUACACUUUUUCCUUGAAAUGGGAUUCCUGAUUAUAUGUUGAGAUAAUCACACCACCACCAACUCCCCCCACACCCAACUCAAACACAGACACACAUACAUACCCACUCUGAGUUUUGUUUGACUGUCAACGUGUGAAAAUGCUGAGAACCAUUUUUAGUGAGCGGACAAUAGAGAAGUCUAUAAUACAUUAUUAAUCAGGGAAUAUUUGUAUGCUGAUUAAAUCACCCAAGUCUGUUCAUUUGUAUUUGGGGAGAUUUACACAUAUACACUGUGAAUGUAUACAUGAACAAAACAUUGGGGGUUAAAGGCCAUCAAAAGAAAAACAUGGAGGAAAAACAUCCCUCACUCAUGGAAUUAGUUAUGCCUAACCUGUUUUAGUUCACUCGUAACAGGUCUAGUUAAUGCUUCUUGAAUCGCAGACCAUUGAUUUUCUUGUUGUGUCCAUUUGUCACAAACAGCAUAAUAUUGCGUUUUUUGGCCAAGGCACUUCAUUUCUCAAACUCCUUUAUCUGUUAAAAAAAAAAAAAUAAGCAUAGGUGGACAUUUGGCUGAGCAUGUGGCGCUAGAAGAAACGUAUAGAUACUACUACUUGUGCACAUACAAUAAUGUUCACUAGUAUGCAUGUGGAAUUGAAGUUAGUUGUGUCUCUAAAAUGUAAUUCGUUAAAAGAAGGCAGAAUAAUACCUGGAAGCCUUCACGCAAGCUACACCAAAACCAUGUGUAUUCUUUUUAUUCAAAUCUGAUAUUUGAGGUCAUGAAAUUCAGUCAAGCACUCAAGGAUGGGACAUAAGAAAACAGAGUUUAUUUGAUGAUUGCUCAAUCAUGUGUACACAACAGACUGAAUAGUAUUUGUACUUUAUUUGACAUUUUACCAUUUAUUAUUCAAAAUACCAAACAUUUUAGUUUACAAUUUUGUUUUCCUCCCUCUCAGUUAAGAGAUUAUUGUACAUCAAAUUCAGGGUCUUUAUAUUUGUCUCAUGUGCUACUGUAUUAUACCUAAAUCCUUAAUGCUUGGGUUGGAUUGCUUUAGAUAUAUUUUUACAUGGAUUUUCAUUUUUAUUUCAGGCAGGUAAUCCUCAAAAAAAAAAUCACACUGCUUGUUUAUAGAUAAUAUAUUUAGAUUUUACAAAGCAAAUAGUCUUUAUUUACUAGAUAUGAGCGGUUACUGUUUUAAUAUUUUGUAGAUUUUGUGGCUCCCUUAAUUCAGUUUGCUUUGUUUUUAUUACUGCUACAUUAGUUUGCCAUGUAGCCAUUGCACUGUGCAAUAUUUACAACAUGAGGACUGGGAAAUAUAUAUUUUUCCUUUAUGUAAUGUCUCUUACAGUUUGCGGUCGUUUUUUUCUCUCUAGUUCUCAGUGAUUUUUCUUCUUUUUUUUUUCAAUGUGACCAAGCCUUAUGUACUUGUCACAGAAAGCGGGUUUUUCCUGGUGACUAUUUGUGAGUGUCAAAAUUAAGAAUUUAUGGUGUAUUGUCGAAAAUCACUUUGAAUAAAAAUGUCUAUUACAGCAAAA